AUGAGACAAGCUCAAAACGAAGUGCUUCUUUGGGAAAAAAGAUUGAGUGAAGCACAAUUGAAACGACGCGAACAGCAGUCGGAAAUCAGAAAUUUACAAUCUCAACUGAAAGAAAUUCAUUUGGAUUUGGAUAGGACUAGUCGUGGAGAAGACAAAUAUCUACAAUUGAUCACAGAAGAACAUAAACUGAUCAAAAAAGAACGAGAACUUUUAAGAGGAUCUGAAGAGCUCGAGAACAUUGAGCGGGAUACAUUUCAUCAACUUUCCAUGAGCAUACGGUCAAGUCGUGAAUGGGAGAAGGAAUAUACAGAGAAAGCAAAAUGGUGGGGAGUGUCAACCUGGUUGGUGGGAGGACUUAUUGGAACAAUUGGAGCAACUAUCAAUUUUGCUAUGCGACCUCGGAAAGUAAUCGAGAAACUAGAAACUGGAGCUAACAAGAUGAAUGAGAUGGCAACAGUUUUUGAAGAGAAUAAUGCGAGGAUCGUAGAAUUCAUGACAGAUAUGAGAACAGCUCUCCAGUUAGAAACAUCACAAAUCAAAAACACUUCGUCGCAGAAUGAUGUGAAGAAGGUCAGUGAUUUUGACGAGCUGAUACAAACGAUUAAAAACGAAAAUGCUCGUCUUUCACAAGAAAUGCGGGAACUUUCCCGAUUGGCCAAACUGGAAGCAGCCCUUGAUGCUGAUCCCACAGCUGUCGUUUACGUUGGUAGCGAUAUGGAACGUCUUCUGGAACAGACCGAGAAGAACAUUGAAUCAAAGAUGAAGCUAAGAACUCUUAUAACCGUCGUCGUUAUCUACACUGCCGUCGCUGUCACUGCUCCAUGGCUUUAUGCUGUUUUUAGAGGAGAUUGA